AGCAGAGAGAAAGAGAGAGAGGUCGUUCCUGCGGAGGUAGCCAUGGCAAUGACAGGCCAGAGUUCCUGCUCCUCGAUGAGUAAUCACACCAAGGAGCGCGUGACCAUGGCCAAAGUGACCCUGGAGAACUUCUACAGCAACCUCAUCGCUCAACAUGAGGAGAGAGAGAUGAGGCAGCAGAAGUUGGAGAAGGUGAUGGAUCAAGAGGGCUUGGCUGAUGAAGAGAAGCGUAUCCGGCGCUCCCAGCACGCCAGGAAAGAGACUGAGUUCCUGCGUCUCAAACGAACCCGCCUGGGGCUGGAGGAUUUUGAGUCCCUCAAGGUGAUUGGGCGAGGAGCUUUCGGAGAGGUGCGUCUGGUGCAGAAGAAGGACACAGGCCACGUGUACGCUAUGAAGAUCCUCCGCAAGGCCGACAUGCUGGAGAAGGAGCAGGUGGGCCACAUCCGUGCUGAGAGGGACAUCCUGGUAGAGGCUGACAGUCUGUGGGUGGUUAAGAUGUUCUACAGCUUCCAGGACAAGAUGAACCUCUACCUCAUCAUGGAGUUCCUGCCUGGCGGUGACAUGAUGACCCUGCUGAUGAAGAAGGAUACUCUGACAGAGGAGGCCACUCAGUUCUACAUCACUGAGACGGUGCUAGCCAUCGACUCCAUCCACCAGUUGGGCUUCAUCCACAGAGACAUCAAACCUGACAACCUGCUGCUGGACUCCAGGGGCCACGUAAAGCUGUCUGACUUUGGUCUAUGUACAGGUCUGAAGAGGGCCCAUCGUACCGAGUUUUACAAGAACCUGAACCAUAGCCUCCCCAGUGACUUCAGUAAGCAAACAUUCAAUAACAUGAACUCAAAGAGGAAAGCAGAAACAUGGAAGAGGAACAGGAGACAGCUGGCCUUCUCUACUGUGGGCACCCCUGACUACAUCGCCCCUGAAGUCUUCAUGCAGAACGGAUACAACAAGCUCUGUGAUUGGUGGAGCCUUGGAGUCAUCAUGUAUGAGAUGCUGAUAGGCUAUCCCCCGUUCUGCUCUGAGACCCCCCAGGAGACCUACAGGAAGGUGAUGAACUGGCGAGAAACACUGAUCUUUCCCCCUGAAGUGCCCAUUUCGGAGAAAGCUAAGGACCUCAUCCUCCGGUUCUGCUGUGAGGAGGAGCACAGGAUCGGAGCCACGGGGGUGGAGGACAUUAAGGGCAACGUCUUCUUCGAGGGGGUGGACUACGACCACAUCAGAGAGCGACCCGCUGCCAUUCCCAUUGAGAUCAAAAGCAUCGAUGACACGUCCAACUUUGACGAGUUCCCAGACUCUGAUAUUCUCCAGCCGACAGCUGCCCCUGUGGUGUCCAACCAUUCAGAGGUGGACCUGAAGAACAAGGACUGGGUCUUCAUCAACUACACCUACAAGCGCUUUGAAGGCCUCACAGCCCGAGGGGCUAUCCCCUCCUACAUGAAGACAGGGAAGAGAUGAAUCGUUCCUUCGUUUACUCACUCACUCUACCUGCCCCUCAGACUGGCAUUCAAAAGGAAUGCCCCAUGGAUCCCAACGUCCACUCCUCUCCCAAACUCCAAAAUGGAGGUAGAAACUAAAUGGUCCUAUUCAAACUUGUUUUGGGCCCCAUCAAAAUUGAGACUAUCCCAUGUGUCUGAUCCUGCUGAAGGGACCUUCCUCCUUCCUUUGCAGGGGACUUAUUGUAGGGCUCUGUGUAGGGAAGUGUGAGCUACUCCAACUCGAGUUUGUCGAUCUAAAAAAGCCACAGUGUUGUGCUGGAAUGUAUGGACAGUGUUUUCUAUGUGAAAACUCAUAUUUAAUUCCACCCCAGGAUUAAAGUUCCCAUAACUAAAGUGUGGGAUCCACCAAUGAGCAGUCUUGGAGGUGUUGAUAUUGCCUUAGUUUGGGGACCAUCUCUCGUAGUUCUCCACUAGCAUCGGUCCAACUCGGCCAAGACUGAUUCACUAUGCUUCAGUAUCCUAAGGGACUGAACCAAGAUACCAGCAUAACCGGUCACCCUAGGGGCCAGAUCCCGUUUUCACACCAGAAGACCACACUUGACCGGCUAUACCAGCAUUCUUCACUUCCUCCUCCACAAACAAACAUUGAAGUCUUCGUUUAGCUGGGCGACCACCAGCAUGGGACUGGGAUCCAAUAUGCCUCACUUUUCUGUCAAAGGGCUAGCUUUUCUCUCUUCAUUUUCUUUCUUGAUGACUGAGUUGUUCCACACACACAAUAGAAUUGUCAAUUUUUUAGAAAUAAGUUCCGCCACUAAAAACAUUAGAAAUGGUGUCAUUUGACGUGAACUAAUAAUGCUUUUCAGGGAAUAUAUGUCAAUGUUUUUCAUGUGUUUUUAGAGAGCUCUCUACUGAAGCGUCUUGGAUGAUGGCGCUUCCGACAGGUUGCCUGUUGCAACGAGGCAACCAAAAACAAUGAGAGCUGAGAGUAAUUGUUGUAACUAUUCAAUCUUAUUUUUGAGGGUUUCAAUGGAAUUGCUUUGUCCCCAUUUAAUUGUCACUUCACUACCGUCAAUGGCGGAGCUGUUACGUGGACUUAUGCAAGUGUUUAUAGCAAUAGAAUCGCCUCUCUUGAAAAUGAUUCCAUUUGAAAUGGAACUCCAGAAGCCCACCUGUUUUAGGUUCUUAGUUUGACAAUCAUCCACUGUUAAUAUUAGCACCUUCAUGCUGUCUUUUCUUUGAUUCACCAGUACUCUGUCGGAUUUAUUUAUAACAUUUGUGGAUAUGCAUGUCCUUAGCUAUAGAGCAAAAUCGAAUACAAAAAUGUGUUGCAUGUACCGUUUGAAUAUUUUGGUGCAUAUGCCAGCCAUUCUUUUUGGUACUUUUCGAUGGACCUUUGGGGUAGGGGAGCUAGAAGUAAGGCCAAGAUAUUGAUACUCUUCUCUUUCCUCAUCUUUUUUGUCCUGACCACUGGUCUGUAAGGGCUUGGUAGGUGAGGUGGCAGCGCAAGUUCGUUCAGUGGACUUGUAAGUAACAGAGAAUAGAAAAGGAGCAGCUUUUAGAGUAUUGAGACACACUCAGUGUGCUCUGUGACCCCAGGUUAGGGUCAUUCUCGUCCCCUUUUCACUUCCUGUCGUGUCUAUAGUUCAGUCUCUUCCUGUUGCUUGACUAUUUCUUAGCAACCAUGGUUUGAGAGAAUACUUUAAACAUUGCAUUUGUCUGAAGUUUUGUCAAGGAUAUGUCACUUGGUAUGUCCUUACUUUUCAAGAGGCUAAGAGGUGUGAGUGAGAAACUCUUGACCUUAACUCUGUAACCAGGGCUAUAUGUGUCUCACUGUUCUUAUACAAUCCCAAAUGCUGUCAUUUGAAUCUAAUGUAAUCCCAAGGUGUAGUGGAAGAUUAAUUUCAUGCUAUGUUAAUUCCAAAAUGCUGUAAUUUGAAUGGAAUGUAGCCUAAACCACAUGAGUGGCCCCGUGUAGCUCAGUUGGUAAAGCAUGGCGCUUGCAACGCCAGGGUUAUGGGUUCAUUUCCCAUGGGGGGCCAGUAUGAAAUGUAUGCACUCACUAACUGUAAGUCGCUCUGGAUAAGAGCGUCUGCUAAAUGACUAAAAUGUAAAAAUGAGCGGUAGGUUUACACAGUGAAGAUGUCAUGUUUGGUCUUUUGUUAAAUAUCUGUACGGUGUUCUGGGUAGUUUAGACUACUUGCUGAGAUGUAAUAUCCAGAUUUUCUGUUUGUUUUUACGACUGAUCGAAAGAACUGAUUUUGAGACUGGUCUCACUUUUUACUGAUGCUUGAUGUCCGAAUGAUCCUGCUGUAAUGCCGGGUUUAAAGAGUAUUGGGCGGAUUAGUUGGUGAAGUGCGAAUGGCUUCUUGGAAUAAUUUUCUUUUAAAAGAAUGCUGCUUGGUGUGUGUGAUUUGCGUGUCUUUAGAGGAAUGGGUGAUAUGUUCAGUAAAAAUAAGAUCUUGGAAUAUGUUGUUUGAUUAAGCCACACUGAUAAGGGUGGUGUUCUUUUGUAGACGUCAUCCAACUGUGUGUAUGCUGUUUCUUUCCCCUAGGCACACACGGUGUGGGAAACAUGCUGUACAAACCUUUUAUAGGGAACAUUCAAUCAAAAGUAGGGGGAGUUGUAUUUAAUCCACUGUGGUGUGAGGUUUAUAUUGUAUAUUUUCUGCCAUUUCGCUCACAUUGAAUAACUGCACUUAAUAUCUGUGUUGUGACAGUUUGUACAGCAAAAUAAUGGGCCGCUCUGAAAUCUGUCUUGUUAGACAGUCUUUGUUUUGAUGGAUGAGGGAAUGUCAUUUCACUGGUUGAAUGGGCAAGCUAGCCAUGUGCAGGAGUUACAUUUUCUUCUUGAAAUUGUUUUAUCUGACAAACUAAAUUAUGUGGAAUAAUGGAAACGGUAAACUAAUAGCUUGAAACAAAGGUCUUAAAUAUUUAUUAUUUCUCAAGUUUGGAUUCCAAACAUCCCUUGCUACUCAAGACCGAUUCAGACCCCUUCGUCAAGAGCAACAAUGUUUUCAUCCAAGUGGAAGAAGGGUGAUUGUCCAUUUUUAGCUUUUGACCAAAGAUAACCCUACACAACAAACUGGGCUAGGAGUAAAGUUAGCAGGACUGACCAGUUUCUCAAGCCCCAUCUUGUAAAGUCACCCAGUCAUUGCUCCCUCAUCUCUCAAUAGUGCAAAGAAGUUCUUACAGGGCUGUGUUGUCAUGCAUGCAACAGUUUAAACAGCAUAAACUAGUCUUUGUGUAAUAGAUGGCACAUUCCUUCUGUAAAAACGAGUCUUCAAUUCCACCAUGGUUUUCAGAGAAUUCUUCAGUGUUCUUCGAAGGCAUUACUUGGCAGUAUCCCUGGUUAGACUUGUAAACUAGUAGCCUACUACCAUAGAGGCUUAGAAACUGCAUGGUUGAGAUGUGCAUUUCACCAUGCAUCCUUUGAGUAUGUUAGCCACUUUCUGCCUUAACAUUGUGUUAAGUCGCGUGUGUAUUGGUUCUCUAGUUAGUUCAAAAGGCACAUCAGCUUGUUUCACUGAUGGUAGCAAUACUCACCUGCACUAUUAUGCUGGUAGACUUUUAACAGCGUUAAAUAAAACCCCUAGGCCUAUGUUGAA